AUAAUAAGUCGCAUUUCAUGGGAAAGACAGAAACGACAGAAACUUCUAGAAACUUGAAUAACGUGCGAAUAACGUUCAUUUCGUAAAUGUGAUUUGCAAUUUGUCCUUGGUUUUUUAAUUAAAUGUAAUAAAUAGAAAAACUCGACUGUUAAUCAUGUUUGAUGUGACUAGUGAAGCAGGCGCCAGCGUUUUGGUUCAACCACCCGAAAAACGGAUUAAAUACUCCUUCGACGAUUUAUCGAAAGAAAUUCAUUUAUUGGAAAACAGGGGAAUCAAAACAGGAAUUAGUAAUUGCAAGAAUGCCACUUUCUUUCUGGACGAGCAAAAAAUUGAUCUUCUAAAUAUCACUGAUGAAAAAAUGUCACUGAUAAAUUUCGAUAAUUAUCCUUCUGUUGAAUCCGCUACUGAGAAUAUUCGUAAAAAAUUUCGUAAAUCACGAAGCAGACAAUUGGACGGCGAUAAUUCUUUUCUAAAUCACCUUGGACAAUCAAUCACCUCGAAAUUAUUGGGCGAAAACUUUCAAGUAAUUCCAUAUAAAUUCGUCAUUUACGAGAAAUACGAUUUUCGUCUUCCUCGUGAAAAUAUAAAAGAAAAUGGUUUGAAAAAAUUAUUAAUCGUCGUCUGUCCAACUUACUGUAAGGGUGGGAAAAUCUACUUUCCCGAGAUGAGAAAAAAAUUCAUUCACGAAACCAAAAAAUUAUUGAGUUUCGUUCUUUUUGAUAUUAACACUCAAUAUCACGUCUCACAAGUCACCGAAGGUUUACGCUCAUUAAUAGUGUAUAAAAUUUAUGAAGAUUGCUUUCAACUUGAAUUGAAGAGUCUCACUGUGUUCAAUGUGGAAUGUGUGAAGACAAUAUUGCAAAAUGUGGUGGAAAAAAAUAUUGUCAUUCCAAUGACGGAGGGAAAUAAUACGCAGAAAAUUUGCGAUGACAUGAAAUUGAAGUACGAGAGAGUUUAUUCGAAUCAAAAGUGUCCGGAGCUUGUCUACAGUUAUGUUUCUGAUGAUCCGGACUAUCAUCCCGAUGAACAUUGGCCUUUUAAACAUUUGAAAACAUGUUCAAUAGAGUAUCAUGUUGGAGCGUUUGUUAAUUUGCCAAAUCAAUUGAAUAGCGAGCAAUUGACGAGAUACUGCAGAUAUUCGGAUUCGUACUUGACUCAUGGAAUUAAAUCUCAGAGCUGUUAUUACUGCUUUAUUUUACUUAAUCCAUGCAGGGAUUAUCGGCCAACGAUGUUUAAAGUUGAAAAAAAAUAGUUGAAAACCGCAAUGUUGGUUUCAUUCUCAUUUUAUUGUAAUCUUUAAAAUAUUUUAAUACUAAAAUUUUAAUAAGUCAGUAAGUUGACGAUUUAAGUUUAAAAUUGUUUUUUUUAAAAAGCGAAGAUAGUUUAUGUUCUUAAACUAAAAAGUAAAGAUUUAAAAUUAUAAUUUAAAUAUUAAACACAUAAAAAUUAGGAUUGUUAUAAUCACGCUUGUAAAGCAUGAAAAGAGUUUAAAAUAAAAUGUUCCUAUAGUUUUAACA